CCUCGGACACAGCGGAUCACUGAUCCAUGGAAAGAGCCGAAGAUGUCGGUUCGGUCAUAUCAUCAGGGCACUCAGUGUGCCCUGAUGAUCUGUGUAGCCCCAGCAGUGCCACCUGUCAGUGUCCAUCAGUGCCAGCUCUCAGUGCUCAUCCAUGCCACAUUUUAGUGCCCAUCAGUGCCACAUAUCAGUGCCCAUCUGAGCUGCCUUUCAGUGUCACCCAUCAGUGCCAGUCAGUGCCACCCAUCAGUGCCAGUGCCACCUAUCAGUGCUGCCAAUCAGUGUGCAUCAGUGCCACAUAUCAGUGCCUGUCAGUGCCGCCUAACAGUGCCAGUCAGUGCCACUUAUCAGUGCCAUAUAUGAGU